AUGAUGAUGCAAACUGCGCCGAUACCGGCCUCCGUCCCGCAAGAUGUUGACGUCAUCAAAGAGCCUCUCGUUGAGGUCCCAGACCCGAUAACUGAAAGCCAGGCCAGUCCAGAUACAGAAAAUGUGUUAAGUGAGCUAACCGAUGUGGACCGCCUGUUGAUCACCAAGCGUCUGCGAGUGAAGGCCGUUUUGUUCCUCCGGGGCAAGAAGAAUCGCUUCUCUGUCAGGACUCCAGAUCAGAACUUGGUUUAUACCGUUGAAGAAGAGAAUAGCUGGUGGGUGGGCUAUUUCUGCUAUGGUCUCCGACCCCUGCAGCUGAGGGUUUUCAACAGUUCCUCCGUCGAGGUGAUGAGAAUCAAUCGGCCCUACGCCUGCACCUCCAGAGUGUUCCCGUGUCAACUACAGAAUGUACAGGUAUUUUCCCCACCGGGUAGAAGGAUCGGUAGCAUAGAGCAGCAGUGGGCGCCGGUGCGACCCAUCUACCUGGUGCGGCGCGAGAACGGAGACGAGGCAUUUUGGUUACAAGGUCCACGGGUGACGAUUAGCUUCUUCAGGGACAUACAGUUCAGGAUACAGCGGGCGGACGGUGCGCACGUGGGCAGCACCUGCAAGCGCUGGCAGGGGCUGUUGCACGCUAUGUUCUUUGCGCCGGUCACCGAUAGGUAA